GUUUAUAACUCAUGCCUGCUUCAGCACAAUAACAUCAGUGAGCACCGAAAAGAAGCAGCCGCAGCAGCCAUCGAAGCAAAGCCUUCAAGGCUACAGCAAAGAGGAGCGAAGAUUUAAUAAGAAAAGAAUGGGAAAGAAAACGAAGAAAGUAGGCAAAGGUAAAGAGAAAACAGAGAAAAAAACAGCAAAAGCCGAAGAAAAAAAAGCUCGCAGAGAAACCAAAAAACUCUCUCCUGAAGAUGACAUCGACGCCAUUUUGUUGAGUAUACAAAAAGAAGAAGCUAAGAAGAAGGACGUCCAUGUGGAGGAGAAUGUAGCAGCACCGUCUCCUCGAUCCAAUUGCACGUUAAACAUUAAUCCCUUGAAAGACACGGAAUUGAUACUUUAUGGAGGUGAAUUCUACAAUGGUAGCAAGACAUUUGUGUAUGGUGAUCUUUAUCGUUAUGACGUGGAGAAGCAAGAAUGGAAGUUGGUAUCGAGCCCUAAUAGUCCGCCUCCACGGAGUGCUCACCAGGCGGUUGCUUGGAAGAAUUAUCUUUACAUAUUUGGUGGUGAAUUCACUUCCCCGAACCAGGAGCGCUUUCAUCACUACAAGGACUUCUGGAUGUUGGACUUGAAAACAAAUCAAUGGGAACAGCUAAAUUUCAAAGGCUCUCCAAGUCCACGUUCAGGUCAUCGAAUGGUUUUACACAAGCACAAAAUUAUUCUUUUUGGUGGCUUCUAUGACACUCUCAGAGAAGUGAGGUAUUAUAAUGACCUACACAUCUUUGACUUGGAUCAAUUCAAGUGGCAAGAAAUAAAACCAAAGCUUGGAGCCAUGUGGCCAAGUGCACGGAGUGGUUUCCAGUUUUUUGUUUAUCAAGAUGAGGUUUUUUUAUAUGGUGGUUAUUCCAAAGAAGUUUCAUCUGAUAAGAGCAUCUCAGAGAAAGGAAUUGUUCAUUCAGAUAUGUGGUCCCUUGAUCCUAGGACCUGGGAAUGGAACAAGGUAAAGAAAAGUGGGAUGCCUCCUGGUCCUCGUGCUGGAUUUUCCAUGUGUGUUCAUAAAAAGCGUGCAAUGUUAUUCGGAGGUGUAGUGGAUAUGGAAAUGGAAGGUGAUGUAAUGAUGAGCUUAUUCUUGAAUGAACUUUAUGGCUUCCAAUUAGACAACCGUCGCUGGUAUCCAUUGGAGCUGCGGAAGGAGAAGUCUACAAAAGAUAGGUCAAAAAAGAGUUCCGAACAAAGGACUACUAGUUUUGAUAAUAAGAAAUAUUCAAAUGAUAUGGGGGAGGAGCCUACCCCAAAUGAUCCAGAUGAGAACCUAGAGUACCAUGAAGAAGCAGAAAAUAUAGAAAGCAGCAUUGAUGAAAUAUCUCACAAUUUGACCAGAAAAAUUACCGUAAUUGAUGGCAGUUUGUCGGCUGCCAAAUUAGAUGGGAAACCUGGAACAUCUGAAGCUAAACAAAUUCUGCAAAAUUCUGUUUUAUCAGAGACAGUGAAGCCAUGUGGACGUAUAAAUUCUUGUAUGGUUGUGGGGAGAGAUAUGUUGUACAUAUAUGGUGGCAUGAUGGAGAUUAGAGACCAGGAAAUUACACUCGAUGAUUUGUAUUCUCUCAAUCUCAGCAAACUUGAUGAGUGGAAGUGCAUUAUACCGGCAUCUGAAUCAGAAUGGGUUGAAGCAUCAGAGGAUGAAGAUGAUGACGAAGAUGAAGAUGCAAGUGAUGGCGAGGGUGGGAGCGAUAGCAAUGAUGAGACUGAUGAUGGCGAGGAUGAUGACGAUGAUAAUGAUGUAGAGGCUAGAAAUAAUGGUUCUGGAUCACUUCAAGUGGGAGAUGCUGUUGCUAUAAUAAAAGGUGAAAAGAAAAAUCUACGGAGGAAGGAGAAACGGGCCAGGAUAGAGCAGAUCAGAGCCAAUCUUGGUCUUUCAGAUGCACAAAGAACACCAACGCCUGGAGAAUCUUUGAAGGAUUUCUAUAAACGUACAAACCUUUACUGGCAAAUGGCAGCACAUGAACAUACCCAACACACUGGAAAGGAGCUUCGCAAGGAUGGUUUUGAUCUUGCUGAAGCACGAUACAAGGAACUUAAACCAAUUCUUGAUGAGUUGGCUAUAUUAGAGGCGGAGCAGAAAGCUGAAGAAGCAGAAGAGGCUGAAACUAGUUCAAGAAAGAGAGGCAAGAAGAAAAAUAAAUAAUAUACAGCUUUUCGGUAGAUGAAUGUCAGCUAUAAAUUUUUUUUGUAAAAUGCUGUCACAUUGAUUAAAUUGUACUUAAGAAUGCAUUCAUCAUUCCUACUUGCACCGCGCUUGUGCUCGAAUUCAAACAAACCGCACUGAUAGGUUGAAUUUCUCAAUCAUUUGCAUGCA